UUUACAACUGGAGCAAUUUGCCCUGUUCUCUUGGUCCUGGAUUAAACUCUAGCACCAGUCUUUUGAAUGAGCUGCAGCAAUGUAAUGGUCUUUUUGGGCAGACCAGUUAAGAGACCAUUACAAUAGUCCACUCUACUGGAAAUAAAACCACGGAUGAGCUUCUCUUCAUCUUCCUGGGCUACAAAGCCCUUGAUUCUGGCUAUAUUUUUAAGAUGAUAGAAGGCUGUUUUGGUGACUGCAUUGAAAGUGAGAGUCUAUGAGAACGCCAAGAUUUUGGACUCUGUCUUUGGUUUUUAGAGUCAGCGAGUCGAGGUGUUUACUAAUGCUAAUUCUCUUUGCUUUGCUGCCAAACACAAUACUUUCUUGAACUCAAGAGAAAACAGAAAAUUCAGCCAUUUGGUUGCCCAAAACCAAGUGCAUAUUACAAUACAAAAAGUGUCACGGUUUCCCCUCCUUUUCCCAGCUAUCCCCACCAUACUAUAUAGGUUUUAGGACAGAAUUAAUACACAGAGUAUACAUUUGGUUAAGGAACGGGUACACCGUCUGGACUUGAUGUGUUCUCCCAUGACUGUGACUACGUCUCUGGAAGCAGAUUUUUUUUACUUGUUCCCCACAGAAAUGUAUCUUGAAAAACACUUGUGUUAUUCUCCCCACAAAAAAAAUACUUACUAUAAUACUAAUACUUAUUUCCGUCUAUGUCCUUGUUAAAACCAUAAAACAGUAAAAAGAAGGGGGGGGGGACUGUCAAAACUACACAUCGUAGCCUAACUGAGGCUGUUUGACAAGGUUGUCAUCUUCCAUUUCUGAAAUUCACAUUCAAUAAUGUAAGAUUGUGGCUUAAAACGCUUUCAUAUCAUGAUUAAACAUCGGAUCAAAUUCUCAAAUGCGUGAUGACGUAAAAACUGCCUGCCAUCACACUGUUCUAUUUCUGAGUGUUCUACUUUGCUCUCGUGACCCUUGGCAACGUUCUUUUCCCAAACUCAAACAUUGAUUUUGAUCGAAAGAUUAACUUCUCCGUGCUCAUAUUUCGACAAGCUUACUGCAUUUUCCAACUGAUCACAACGUCUUCACUUAAAGUUAAGAUAGUAAUGGAAUGCCACAACAAUUUGCGUCCUGGGCUGCAGGUCUGUUCGACCUCAAACUCACUGAUCGUUUCGACGCUCAAGAAGGCGAGGUACUGCCCGUAUGGAUCUAGUCCUCGGCGUCCUCGACGUCAGGCGAUCUCAACAGGUGAUUUAAAAGAUUUAAUGAGAGAGCGGGCACAGAUGCUGCUUUCUUUUCUGCCCGCACCGUACGCAAGGCCUCCAAAAAGUCAGCAAUCCACUCCAAUGGAAUUCCACAAGACGGACUUCACAUUUCUGACGUUCAUAGACAAACUGUGGAAUAUCGUCGAAAGUGACAUGUUCCUGUCUGCGUGGUGGACUGUUGAUGGGACUGCCAUUGUAAUCGACAAAGCAUUGUUCAAACAAGAGAUUUUGGAGAGAAAUGGUCCACGGAUUUUUGCCUCAAGGAAUCUGAAGCAUUUCCAUCGCCAGCUUUAUGUACGUGGAUUCAACUCCAGUGCCGGUCCUGACAAUGAGAACAUGGGCCAGUGUGACACUGUACAUGGCAUAAAGCUACAGAUGUUCUCCAGUCCUUACUUUCAGAGGGGCCAGGGACGUCUACUGGCCCACUUUGAUGGGAAGAAGGUAGACCUACCAGCUGUGGAUGGGCAAGCCGAAGGAGCAGGAUGUGGAGGUGUAGCUGGAGGAACGGUCUCUGGCCCUCCUGUUUCAGGGCCUCAACCCUGCAGGCCUUGCACCUCAUCUUCCCACCCAAGAUCCUUCCCUGCCAUCCUAGAGAGGGUGACUUCUCGUCACACUGGGGAGAGUCCAGUGCAGUUCAGUGGGGAGGAGAGCUCCUGUUCCACUGAGGAGUCCAACUUAAUUCAAGUGCUGCAGUCCUACAUUCACGUGGAGAACAAACACCUGCUCAACCGGGUUCCUAGCCCUGACGUUUCCCUCUAAGAAAACUGUGUCCAAUGCUGUGACCGCUAUGCUUGGCCGUGGAAUAAUUUUAUGGUGACUGUGGUUCCAAAAUGAUGAAUGGUGACCCCCACGCACGCACGCACGCAAGCACGCACGC